AAUAAAUAACUGGCCAAUUAAUUUCAUACCCGAUAUGGACUGGUAACCAAACGAGAGUUCGUGGUUCACUAUAUGAUGAAACUGUCUUAUCAAAUUUCCGUUUCCAUAGGAUGAAUAUGUAAAUCCUAUCCUAAUACAGUAAUACUGUAAUAGGAGGCGCUUAUGAUGGGUUAUAAUAGUUUAGCUUUCUCGACAUACUGACAUAACUCAAUUUAUACAAUUAUCAGAUACUGAAAAUCUUUAUAUAUGCUAGGUAAUUCAGUAAUUAUAAUCAUGAACAGUGAUCAAAGAAAACUUGUGAAAUAUAUUCAGAGCGGUUCAUUGCUAAAAAUCAAAUCCCUGUUGGAGAAAUUGAAUGGAAAAAGAGAACAUAAAUUCAAUCUAGGUUUCAAAAUUGGCGAUUUGAACCGUACGCCACUUCAUAUUGCUUGUCUUCUGGGUGAUGACGCUGUUGUCAGAUGUCUUCUUAAAUAUGGCGCUUCAAGUGAUAGAAAAGACAAAAAUAAUGAUACUCCUGUGCAUAUUGCAGCUCAGUUCAUUUGUGACGAUGGGAAUUAUCAGGAUUACAAACUACUUAUUGAGCCUCUGAUUCAAAAGCAACCUGAGCUUUUGUCACAAAAGAAUAAAAAAGGCAAAACACCAUCUGAAAUUCUUCUACAAGCAAGAGAAAAAUAUAAAAUGUUCUGCAAAUUCGAUCAAGAAGAGGAAGAUCUCGUACAAGAAAAAGCUGAACAGGAGGAAUCAUGGAAUUCUAAACUUCUCCAAGAAACAGAGUCUGAAUAUAAUGAACAAACGAAAGGUUUUUCAUUUUCUUCAAACAUAUCUUCAUUCUCAGAUGACGACUAUCAAAAUUACGAUCAAUGGGCUGGAAGAAUAUUCAGGGAUUAUCAAAGAAAAAAUAUUGGAAUGGAAAACAAGAAAAGGCGAAAAGAAUUUCAGAGCAGAAAACGUAGAGAAGAAUUUGAUGAUGUUUCUGCACAUCUACGUAAAAACAAUAGUGAAUAUGUAUCUCAGGUCAAACGAAUGAAAACGGAAGUUUUGGCACAAAAACGAGAACGUUAUGAAAAGAAGAUGACUUCUCUGAAAUCUCCGAGUGAUGAUAAACUCAGAUUCCGAGAUAUACCUUGGCCUUGUCAAGGCAAUGCCACGGAAAUGGUCGAAGUUUUAUUGAGUGGACAAUCUGUUGAUAGUUCCAGCAAUGAUAGAAAACGUGCAAUAAUAAGACAAUUGGUAUUAUGGCAUCCUGAUAAAUUUGAACAAAAAUGCGGAGAGAGAUUGAGUGAAAAAGAUCGCGAUAGAAUACUUGACACUGUUAAGGCAAUUGCGCAAGAGUUGAAUAAAAAUUUAGAAUCUUUAAAAGCACAAGAAAGUUAAUGAAAGUGAAUUUGUUAGUUUUGUUUUUGAAAACAUAAAAACAGCAAUGCCGUGUGCAUUUUCGAUAUAUCUGGAAAUAAUUCCUAAACAUCGAUCACAUACCAGUAUUUAUUACUGUAUAGCUAUACUGAACAGAAUAUUUGUUAUUGCAUAUAUUGGGUGAAAUAUUUAACAAUAACAAUAACACUUUGUUUCUUGGUAUAUUUUUCACAAUGAUUGACUCCAUUUUUACAAUUAUGGUUUUGUUCACAUUUCAAUUCAACUAC